UUUGAGGUUAGAACGAAUUUUGAGGUUAAAUUAAUAUAUAAAAUGAACUUUUUAAGGUCCACGAUAAGGAAUUUCGAUAAAUUCCCAAAAAUUAUCACAUCGAGGACGAUUACCACAAAUUUGCAAACUGAAACUCAACUUUCCGAUGUACCCGAUAAAUUAUUUAAAAUAGUGGAGUUGGAAUUACGAGGAAAUGAUUCCGCCGUGCUAAAUAGCUUUGCUAAAUUUGCUACAAUGACUGGAAAUAAUUUUAAUAUUGAAUGCAAAACAUGGAAUUUGAGGAAACCUCUUCAUGAUAGAUAUACAGUAUUAAAAUCAGCCCAUAUUCAUAAAAAGCACAGAGUACAAUACGAAAUAAGAACUUAUUUUACAUUUGUGCAAUAUAAAUAUUUAACUGGAUCAACUGCAGAUACUUUGCUUGAAUAUAUUGAAAGGAAUUUACCUGAAGGUGUGGCGUUGAAAGCUACAAAAGUUGAAUUACAAAAGAUACCUGAUCAUUUUCAGCCACCUAAUCAAGAAAAAUAAGAUAGUCAUAAUUUGUUCAUUUAAUAAAUAAAAUAUUUCAUGAAAAUAA